GGGAAACGGAAAGAGGACACUCAUCUCUAACCUUCACCACCGCGCCAGUCAAUGAGCUACUGACAACUGGCACUGUUCGUUCACUUCUGCUGGCUUCCCACUACAUAGCAGUGAUACCUGCUUUCCCUGUGAAAAUUCCCUGCGAGAGCUACGUGCCUUGUAACCUUACUUUCUGGAUGUUGGUUGUACCAUCGCAGUCCAGGAUGCAUCCCCUGUGAUGGGAGGUUAUGGGGAACGCUCUUUUUGCCGGUUGCUGCCCACGCAUUACCCGUUUGAUCUCUAAGGAGCACGGUGGAGAUUCAUUGGAUGAGAGGUCACCCCUUUUGCUGACCCGUCCUGUUGUGGCUCAGUGGAGAGAUCCCAAAAUCCAAGACAAAAUGGAAAUCCCCGAAGGAUGCGAGCCCUCCGCAAUGUGCUCACAUGCUGAAUUUGGCUGUUCGUCGUGCAAAUACUCACACAGUAGAGGAAAAUCAGAUAGACACUUAAUGGAAAAGAAUCAGAGUCAACUGUCCAGCGUCGUUUCUGAUAGCUGUCAGAUCUUGGCCAACGUUGGACCCCCGCCAAAGUUGUAUGUUCUGGAAUCGCUUCUCGUGGGAGACUCUACAAAGUGUUCUUACUCGGAUUGCGAGGUACCCAAGGAUCCGAGCUUUCAAGGAAAAGAGGACAGAGAGACAAGCAGUAAAGCAGAGGUUAGAAGUCAUGGGAUGUCCGCUCUGAGUUUGCCCCAUGGCCAAGAAAGCACAAUAGUAGAAGAGAUGGUGUGCCGUGAACCCAUUGCCAUGGAUCCUGCGGUAGUGGCAUGCAGUAGCCACGUUGGCUCUGUCUUUCAGCCCGAUUCCAUAGGCAGGAGCAUGAUCUUGGACAGGUGCCGGAGUUCACCUGGAAAGAAGAUCCGGAUUGUUCCAGAGGCCGCUUCAUGUCCCAUCAAAGAAGGCAUGGAGAGAGGUGAAGGAGCUUGUCUUACAAUUGGCACAGAGGAUCGCUCGUCUAGCAUCGCCUUGAUGAACGGCGAUGGCUUGCACGAGAACCACAAGGAGGAGGCCAAGCAGAAUGGCCACGAAGAGCCGGAUCACACAGACGACGGGAACGACCAAGAGGUCAUUGUCAUCCAAGAUACUGGCUUCACGGUCAAGGUCCACGCGCCAGCGGUGGAACCAUUUCCCUUGCAGGUCUCCCCCCAAGAGAUGGUCCAGGAGAUCCACCAAGUCUUGAUGGACCGCGAGGACACCUGCCACCGAACGUGCUUCUCCCUGCAGCUCGACGGAAACGUGCUGGAUAACUUUGCGGAGCUGAAGACCAUCGAAGGCUUGCAAGAAGAUUCAGUGUUAAAAGUAGUUGAAGAGCCAUAUACAGUUCGGGAAGCCAGGAUCCAUGUCCGCCACAUCCGAGACCUCCUGAAGAGCCUUGAUCCCUCAGAUGCCUUCAAUGGGGUGGACUGCAACUCGCUCGCAUUCCUUAGUGUCUUUUCCGACGGGGACCUUGGAGACAGUGACAAGCGGAAGAAGAAAGGGACAGAAAUGGAGCAGAUUGACUGCACCCCUCCUGAGCACAUCCUGCCCGGAAGCAAAGAGAGGCCCCUCUGCCCACUUCAGCCCCAGAAUAGAGACUGGAAGCCUCUUCAGUGCCUGAAAGUACUGACGAUGAGCGGCUGGAACCCUCCGCCUGGAAACCGGAAGAUGCACGGAGAUCUCAUGUACCUUUAUGUCAUCACGAUGGAAGAUCGUCACGUGAGCAUCACGGCAUCCACGCGAGGCUUUUACCUCAAUCGGUCCACAGCCUACAACUUCAACCCGAAGCCCGCCAAUCCCAGCUUCCUCAGCCAUUCCCUGGUCGAACUUCUGAACCAGAUCAGCCCCACGUUCAAAAGGAACUUUGCUUCUUUGCAGAAGAAACGCGUCCAGCGGCAUCCGUUGGAGCGGAUCUCAACCCCCUUCCAAGUCUACACCUGGACGGCGCCUCUAGCCGAACACGCCAUGGACUGUGUAAGAGCCGAAGAUGCUUAUACCUCAAGGCUUGGCUACGAAGAGCACAUCCCAGGACAGACCAGAGAUUGGAAUGAAGAAUUGCAAACAACCAGAGAACUGCCAAGGAAAAACCUACCCGAGAGGCUGUUGCGAGAACGGGCCAUCUUUAAGGUCCAUAGUGACUUCACUGCCGCAGCCACGAGAGGGGCCAUGGCAGUCAUUGACGGCAACGUGAUGGCCAUCAACCCGAGCGAGGAGACCAAAAUGCAGAUGUUCAUCUGGAACAACAUCUUCUUCAGCCUGGGCUUUGACGUCCGUGACCAUUACAAGGACUUUGGCGGAGACGUGGCGGCCUACGUGGCUCCCACCAAUGACCUCAAUGGGGUCCGGACGUACAAUGCCGUGGAUGUGGAAGGGCUGUACACCUUGGGCACGGUGGUGGUGGAUUACCGAGGGUACCGGGUGACUGCCCAGUCCAUCAUCCCGGGCAUCUUGGAGCGGGAGCAGGAGCAGAGCGUCGUCUAUGGCUCCAUAGACUUUGGCAAGACCGUGGUCUCCCACCCCAAGUAUCUGGAGCUGCUGGAGAAGACCAGCCGGCCCCUGAAGAUCCAGAAGCAUACGGUACUCAACGAUAAGAACGAGGAGGUGGAGCUGUGCUCGUCCGUGGAGUGCAAGGGCAUCAUCGGCAACGACGGGCGCCACUACAUCCUGGACUUGCUCCGCACCUUUCCCCCCGACUUGAACUUUUUGCCCGUGGAAGGGGAGGAGAUGCCGGAAGAGUGUCAGAAAAUGGGGUUCCCCAAACUGCACCGGCACAAACUCUGCUGCCUACGCCAAGAGCUGGUGGAUGCCUUUGUGGAGCACAGGUAUCUCAUGUUCAUGAAGUUGGCGGCCCUUCAGCUCAUGCAGCAGAAAGCCAUCAAGCAAGAGAGUGUCACUAGCCUGGAAAAUGGGGGCAGCCCCACCUCUCCCUUUCCAGAGAAUGGGGUUGAAGAGGGCGAGAAGUCCCCCUUGGAAGAUGGAAGGCUGGAAGACAAAAUGGAUGGCAAGGGAGAGGACAACGUGGCCGGGCUCGACCAAGUGAAAGAGCUCACCGAGACAAUCGCGUCGGACGACGGAGCAGUGGACCCCAAAAGCAGAGAGGUGAUCCAGAAGGCCUGCAAAGCUGUUGGCUCCAUCAGCAACACGUCCUUUGAUAUCCGGUUCAACCCAGAUAUCUUCUCGCCAGGUGUCCAUUUUCCAGAGUCCAGCAAAGAACAGAUUCAGGAUCAGAAGCGUUUGCUGAAGGACGCAGCUGCUUUCCUGGUUUCCUACCAAAUCCCAGGCUUGGUCAAAGACUGCCUCGACCACACCAUGCUGCCAAUGGAUGGGGCCACUCUGGCGGAAGCCAUGCAUCAGCGGGGCAUCAACAUGCGCUACUUGGGCAAAGUAGUCGACUUCAUCACCAAAACCCCGGCCCGGACUCAGCUGGAUCACAUCUAUAAAAUCGGCAUCAUGGAAGUGAUCACUCGGUCGGCCAAGCACAUCUUCAAGCUCUACCUCCAGGGUGUUGAGCUCUCUGGGUUGUCCGCCGCCAUCAGCCACUUCCUCAACUGCCUCCUCAGCUCCUUUCCCAACCCGGUUGCCCACCUUCCCGCGGACGAACUGGUCUCCAAGAAGAAGAACAAGAGGAGGAAGAACCGCAACCUGAGUGCCUCAGACAACACCGCCUGGGCCAGCAUGAGCCCGCAAGAACUCUGGAAGAACAUCUGCUCAGAAGCCAAGAGUUACUUCGACUUCGAGCUGCAGUGCGAGAGUGUUGACCAAGCAGUGGAGGUUUACAGCUUGCAGAAGAUUACCCUCCUCCGCGAGAUCUCCCUCAAAACUGGAAUCCAGAUCCUGCUGAAAGAGUAUAACUUUGAUAACCGACACAAGCCAACGUUCACAGAGGAAGACAUCCUCAACAUCUUCCCAGUUGUGAAACACGUCAACCCCAAAGCUUCGGACGCGUUCCACUUCUUCCAGAGCGGGCAGGCAAAAGUGCAGCAAGGUUUCCUGAAGGAAGGAUGCGAGCUGAUUGGCGAGGCCUUAAACCUGUUCAACAAUGUGUAUGGUGCGAUGCACGUGGAAAUCUGUGCCUGCCUGCGGCUUUUGGCCCGCCUGAAUUACAUCAUGGGGGACUACUCAGAGGCCUUAAGUAAUCAACAGAAAGCGGUGCUAAUGAGUGAGAGAGUCCUUGGCAUUGAGCACCCCAACACCAUCCAAGAAUAUAUGCACCUUGCUUUGUACUGCUUUGCAAAUAGCCAGCUGAGCACAGCCCUCAACUUACUGUACCGCGCACGCUACCUCAUGCUGUUGGUGUUUGGCGAAGAUCACCCAGAAAUGGCUCUCCUGGAUAACAACAUCGGCCUGGUCCUCCAUGGAGUGAUGGAGUAUGACCUCUCCCUUCGGUUUCUGGAGAACGCGCUCACGAUCACCUCUAAGUACCAUGGCAGCAAGUCCCUGAAAGUUGCACUGAGCCACCACUUGGUCGCCCGAGUGUACGAGAGGAAAGCUGAAUUCCGAUCUGCUCUGCAGCACGAAAAGGAAGGCUACACCAUCUAUAAGAAUCAGCUUGGUGAGCAUCACGAGAAGACCAAAGAAAGCUCUGAGUACUUGAAGUACCUGACUCAGCAGGCCGUGGCCCUCCAACGCACAAUGAACGAGAUCUACAAGAACGGAUCCAACGCCAACAUUAUGCCGCUGAAAUUCACAGCUCCCAGUAUGGCCAGUGUCUUGGAGCAGUUGAAUAUUAUCAACGGGAUUCUCUUCAUUCCAAUCAGCCAGAAAGACUUGGAGAACCUGAAAGCCGAGGUGCAGCAGCAGCAGCAGCUCCAGGAGGCCCUCAAGAGCGAAGGAGAGCGGCCGGAGGCGGAAGACAAUCCCCCGGAAGAGAAGGAGGCCGAAGGGAGCCCUUUGGCCUCCCCAGCUCCCUAGUCUAGCAAGUUUUAGUAAGCCAGCCCUUUUGCAAUGGAACCUGGCCUCGUUCGGGCAGCUUCUCUUUGGCAAUGUGGUUUAUCUUAUUUUAUUUUAUUUUUUGUUUAUUUUGAUUUGCACUGGUACAAUGAAUACACAAUGCAAAAGAACGAAAUUUUGAGAAAUUGGCCCUAACUGUCCUGGCUGCUGGAGGCGGUGCCCAAAGCCUUUCCCUUCCCUUGAGAGGCGGCCAUGCUUUGAGAAUGAGGAAGAGGGGCAGGAGAGACCCACAUAUAUGUGUUUGUGUAACCACCAAGCCAUUUCUGCUGUGUAUAUAAGAGAUUUAAUCCCAAGUGGAGCUAUAAUAACAUUUCUCAGGUCAUUUUUAUGUUGGUUUCAGAGGACACUUGUGGGGAAAGGAGGCUCUGCCCCCCGUCCUGUUGCUCCAGUUUUGGCAUCCUCUCUCUCCCUCCCCUGCCCUGGUUCAUUAUGACACUAUAAAUAUUAUAGAUUAAUUGUAGAUUCUGCCAUAUUUUUUAUCUAAACGUCUAUGUGAGAGGCUGGGCUUUGAGGAAACGCUGGAGGGGAAUUAUUAUUUUUUGCCCCGCCUCUAGGAGAGAGCCAUUGGAUUCCGUGCGGGUCCCAGUUUCUUUUUGUUUCCCUGUUUAUUAUUUUGGCAAUCCAAAUUUUUAUUCGACGUGGCAUAGCCCAGGGCAGGAGCAAGGAAAGCUAAGUUAGUUCUUCAGAUCCCAUUCGUUGCUGGCAGACUGUAAACAAUAGCAGCUGAGACAGUGGAGAGGAGCAAUGUGGCUCUUUUGAAGCCAUUAUGGUGGCUUUACCAGCUGCGGGCAGCACCGUGUCAUGCUGGCACACCAUUGCACUGUAGGCAAGGGGAUAUUGGGUAUCUCCGGAGAGAAGGGUCGGAAUAGUGCAAGCAUGGGCAUAGCAUGGGAGUCCUGCCUGUCGGAAAGGGGAUAUUGGGUAUGUCCGGAGAGACGAGUCGAAAUAGUGCAAACAUGGGCAUAGCAUGCCAAUGGGUGUUCUUAACCCACCGUAACUUCCGUUGUCCAAAGAUGCCCCUGAAUCUUAUUGCUGUGGAAGUGAGGAAGUGGCCAUAUAGAUGGGCCACCUUCUUCUCAAAGCACCUUGUCUGUCUCCCUUCCCUUUUUGCCGGGGAAUAUCCCCAGUGCCUCGACGCCCCUUCCAGAGGGGCCGCGCGUGUGUGAAAUCGCACAAAACAAAGCCCCCGGGACAGAGGGGUAGUUCGGGAUUGUGGGACCCGGAGCGCUGCAUGGCGUAGGAUUCAGGGCAAGGGAGGAGAAGCAACGAUAUGGCUGUCACGGGCGCUCAGGCAGUUCAGGUCGAAUCAAUGUAUUUUUCUGUUUCCGAGGUUGAUCUGUGAAUGUAUUAAAAAGCAAGAAUCAUGAA